UUUUUUUCCCCUGCAACCUUCAUUGCAGGCAUAUGCCAAGUUUUCUGGUGCUCCCCUGGCAGUGAAUAUUAUAAAUAACUCUUGGAGAGCUCCGAAAGGCGAUGUACCAGUCCUGAUAUCAGAAGACAUUGUUAUUUCUCAGCCAGCAAAAAUACUAAACUUCUUAAGAAAACAGAAAUAUAAUGCUGAUUAUGAAUUGUCUGCAAAACAAGGAGCUGAUACACUGGCAUAUAUUGCACUACUUGAAGAGAAGCUGCUGCCUGCACUGGCAAGUAUUGGGAAAUACUUUAUAAUGCUGCACACUUUCUGGGUUGAGCCUGAAAAUUACUGCAGUGUGACAAAGCCAUGGUUUGCCUCCAGGAUUCCCUUCCCGCUGAGUUUGUAUCUGCCUGGAAAGAUGUCCAGGGAAGCGCUGAACAGGAUCUUGCUGACCAGGGGAGGGCCUCCACUCUACAGUCUCAUUGAAGUGGAAGCACAGAUAUACAGGGAUGCCAAGGAGUGCCUAAAUCUCCUGUCGAAGAGGUUGGGAACAUCUCAGUUUUUCUUUGGAGAUAGGCCUACUACCUUGGAUGCCUUUGUGUUUGGUUUCCUUGCACCAAUUUAUAAAGUGUGUUUCCCCCAAGUACAAUUACAAGAGCAUCUGAAACAGCUACCCAAUCUGUGUCGAUUCUGUGAUGAUAUUUUAACUUGCUACUUCAGGUUAACUGUCUCAGGCCAUUCUCCGGCUGGACAGGAUACAGCAGAUGCUAAUCUGCAGAAACUCACACAGCUUGUAAAUAAGGAAUCCAACUUGAUUGAAAAGAUGGACGACAACCUUCGUAAGAGUCCUCAGCAUCCCCCUCGAAAGCUAACAACGCUCAAGCUUGCUGCAGGUGGAGGACAAAGCAGUCCAUUGAAUCGUUUGUCACCUUGACAGCUUUUAUUGCCCAUACACACGUGUUUGCCUUCAACUCUUCUGAGCAUCACAGUAAAUUUUUUCACAUGAAUGUUGUUAUGCAAGGGAAGAAUCUGCUAAUGGGGAGGAAAUAUAGCUUUACAAUCUCCUAACUACCUGUUCUUUUAAGAAAUUGCAUAGUUCAGGCUGACCACACACUAAGCUGAGGCUAAAGUAAACAAGAGGCUUAUUCCUGUGGAUGUUGAAGUGAUUUUGUACAGCAUAUUUUUGCCUUUAGCCUAGCAGAAAUGUUGACCAAAAGUUAAAAUUCCACUUACGGAAUGUUUAGUGUUACUUUAUUUUGUGGCUUUUAAUUUUACUGCAAUCAUGUUACUGUAUGUGAGUGGGUAUACUCUUGUAUCUGCCUGAAAUUUACUGAAAGUCCAGGUGCAAAACUGGUGGAAAGACGGGGAUAAAAAUGAAAUGUUGUCCUUCAUGGCAGCUGAGAAGUGAAAAGCUGUGAGAGGAAGUUAAAUAUUUUUUAUUGUACUUCCAUGAACAUUCUUGGGUCUUGCAUUUUAAGGUUGUUUGUAUUUUUGAGAGCUUGUCAUGUUGUACUUGGAGGUGGACUGUUGAAAAGUGUGUGCACUGAGCCGAGUACAACGAUGUACAAUACUAACAUUUCACAGGUACCCGGUAUUAGUCCUGUGUGAAACAGGCUUAACCUGUGCACAGGGCAAUACCCCAUGCUGCAAAACUUUUAAGUCAAAGUCACGGAGGAUUGGUAAUGAGAUGGAAAGGUUUGAUUAGCAACUGUCAGGACAAGAGGCUUGACUAGCAAACAUACUGUGUCUCUGGAUUGAAAGGAACUGGGUAGGGCUCUGUAAGAAAGCUGAUGAAGGCUUUUAAAUUUGUCACAGAUGAUGCUUAAUUAGUUUUGUUUUAUCUUUUUAUAAGCACUACAGUUCAUUCAAAAACAUAAAAAACGUCCAAAUUUUUGUUGUUUGACAGUCUAGUUCAGAGUUCUUUUGUCUCUGCAAACAGGAAUACAUUGCAGCACGUAUUUUUCUGUGUAAUUAAGGGACUUACGUCUCACUACGUUUCCUCUUAGCAGCAGUUCUAGAGACCCAAGCAAUUCCAUUACAAGAGAGAUGCUGUCAUUCUGUACUGGCAACAUGCCAGCAGGUGCUUCAUGAGUGGAUGCAAAGGGCAAUUAGUCCAAGAACAUUGGCCAAAAUGGCAGCACUUGGGAUGCAGAAUUCUAACGGCUAUAUGUAUGGGGUGACUGUUCUGUUUCUUUCCUUUUUCUGGCCAAAUUGAAAUAGUCUUUCAGCUUCCCUUCAGCUACUGGUCACGUUUGAGAUAUAUAGAUAAAUUAUUUCCUAUUUAUACAGACAAGACUGUAGAUUGUGUACAUAUUGUACUUUAAGACUCGAUAUGUAAGGAAUGUAAUAUCUUUAACAUUUCUUAAUUGUAAUUGAAAUGCUGGGUUUCUAAUGAGCACUUUAAAAUAAUGUUUCAGCCUCAUGCUCUUACUAGAGUAUUUGUUUUCAGUGAUUUGAAAUUAAUCUAGCUCAGACUCAUGAUAAUUGUAUAAGCUGACAGUCCACAUAAGUCAAAUGUUUAAAAUUUUUACUGCCUAUAUCUUUACCAGGUUUAAAUGAAAUCAAGUCACAUGGCUUUUCAAAGUCUUUAAUUUAUAAAUGUGUCUAUGGGGAUUACGCUUGCUUUUGUGAAUACGUAC